AUGACCGCUGCCCGUGACUGUGGCACAGGAACAAGGAAACUCCGGGGGCAGUGGGAAAGCACUGAAAAGAAAAAAGUAAAAGCAUCAAGAAUGUUGAGCUCUAAACGAGAAUGGAAGCCACUGGAGGACCGUAGCUGUACAGACAUACCCUGGCUGCUGCUUUUUAUUCUCUUCUGCAUUGGAAUGGGAUUUAUUUGUGGCUUUUCAGUAGCAACAGGUGCAGCAGCGAGACUAGUGUCAGGAUACGACAGCUAUGGAAAUAUCUGUGGGCAGAAAAAUGCAAAGUUGGAAGCAAUACCAAACAGUGGCAUGGACCACACCCACCGGAAGUAUGUGUUCUUUUUGGAUCCAUGCAAUCUGGACUUGAUAAACCGGAAGAUCAAGUCCGUAGCGCUGUGUGUAACAGCAUGUCCACGACAAGAACUGAAAACCCUGAGUGAUGUUCAGAAGUUUGCAGAGAUAAAUGGCUCAGCACUGUGUAGCUACAACCUAAAGCCCUCUGAAUAUACUACAUCUUCAAAAGCUUCUGUUCUUUGCCCCAAACUACCAGUUCCAGCGAGUGCACCUAUUCCAUUCUUCCAUCGCUGUGCUCCUGUGAACAUUUCCUGCUAUGCCAAGUUUGCAGAGGCCCUGAUCACCUUUGUCAGUGACAAUAGUGUCUUACACAGGCUGAUUAGUGGAGUAAUGACCAGCAAAGAAAUUAUAUUGGGACUUUGCUUGUUAUCACUAGUUCUCUCCAUGAUUUUGAUGGUGAUAAUCAGGUAUAUAUCAAGAGUACUUGUGUGGAUCUUAACAAUUUUGGUCAUACUGGGUUCACUUGGUGGCACAGGUGUACUAUGGUGGCUGUAUGCAAAGCAAAGAAAGUCUCCCAAAGAAACAGUUAUUCCUGAACAGCUUCAGAUAGCUGAAGACAAUCUUCGGGCUCUCCUCAUCUAUGCCAUUUCAGCCACAGUGUUCACAGUUCUCUUGUUCCUGAUAAUGCUGGUUAUGCGCAAACGUGUCGCACUCACCAUCGCCUUGUUCCACGUGGCUGGCAAGGUCUUCAUUCACUUGCCGCUACUAGUCUUCCAACCCUUUUGGACUUUCUUUGCUCUUGUCUUAUUUUGGGCAUACUGGAUCAUGACACUUCUUUUUCUUGGCACCGCUGGCAGCGCUGUUCAGAAUGACCAAGGCUUUGUGGAGUUCAGAGUUUCUGGGCCUCUGCAGUAUAUGUGGUGGUACCAUGUGGUGGGCCUGAUUUGGAUCAGUGAAUUUAUUCUAGCAUGUCAGCAGAUGACUGUGGCAGGAGCUGUGGUAACCUACUAUUUUACCAGGGAUAAAAGGAAUCUGCCAUUUACACCUAUUUUAGCAUCAGUGAAUCGCCUUAUUCGUUAUCACCUUGGUACUGUGGCAAAAGGAUCUUUCAUUAUCACAUUAGUCAAAAUUCCACGAAUGAUCCUUAUGUACAUUCACAGUCAGCUCAAAGGAAAGGAGAAUGCUUGUGCUCGAUGUGUGCUGAAAUCUUGCAUUUGUUGCCUUUGGUGUCUUGAAAAGUGCCUAAAUUAUUUAAAUCAGAAUGCAUACACAGCCACAGCUAUCAACAGCACCAACUUCUGCACCUCCGCCAAGGACGCCUUUGUCAUUCUUGUGGAGAAUGCUUUACGAGUGGCUGCGAUCAACACGGUGGGGGAUUUCAUGUUAUUCCUAGGCAAGGUGCUGAUAGUCUGCAGCACGGGUUUGGCUGGGAUUAUGCUGCUCAACUACCAGCAAGAUUACACAGUAUGGGUGCUGCCUCUGAUCAUCGUCUGCCUCUUUGCUUUCCUAGUCGCUCAUUGCUUCCUGUCCAUUUACGAAAUGGUAGUGGAUGUAUUAUUCUUGUGUUUUGCCAUUGAUACAAAAUACAAUGAUGGGAGCCCUGGCAGAGAAUUCUAUAUGGAUAAAGUGCUGAUGGAGUUUGUGGAAAACAGUAGAAAAGCAAUGAAAGAAGCUGGUAAGGGAGGCGUUGCCGAUGCCAGAGAGCUAAAGCCGAUGGCUUCGGGAGCAAGUUCUGCUUGAACCUAGCCGACCGUUAUGGAACCCAUUGACAUUCCAAAACAAUAUAUACACAUAACUAUGUAUUUGUGUGUGUGGGUGUGUGUAUAUAUGUAUAUGUAUGUGUGUAUAUAUAUGUAUAUGUAUAUACACACACACACAUAAUCAGCCAAAAUCAGAGAAAAGGAACAGGGAUUUAAUACCUUUUUUAUGCUUAUUUUUGUCAAACAUGUACUCCUUUCAUACGGGUGGCUUUUACAAGGCAACUGCCGUCAUUUAAUGUUUUCAAUUGUAAUUGUCUUAAUGGAAAUGUUAAGAUUCAUAUCUGAUUAACAUUUUUAAUAACUUAGAGGAGAUUUUAACUUUAGUUAUUUAAAUGAGAUAAAAUUAUUGUACCGAAUUCUCUGUCUAAAGUUUAUUCAGGGGUGAUUUCCCUGAUGUGUGCAUAAAAUCAAGAUCUUAUUUUACUGAUGCAUAAGUCCUAGUGGGACGAGACUAGGCAUAUGCUUUCAGAUAAAUAAGGAGUUACUCCAAUCAGUUUUCCCCAAUCAAAGAAGCCAUGUCAUUUUACUUUUAGAAACAUACAAGUGGACUCAAUAUGGGAAUUUUCAUAAUCGCUCAUGCAUUUGUCAGCCAACAUUAAAAAGUAACCAACUCCUCAGGUAUUUGUAGUUUACCCUAAGCUUCUAUAAGAGAGUAGGUUAAAAAGAAAAGGGUAGAUAAUCUUUCUUAUGCAAACUUUGUUCUUAUAGUUUGUCUUUUCUUUCAUUUUUUACUUUAGUAGCAUCCUCCACACAUUUGUGUGCCUGAUUUGAAGGGAAGCUGGGGCACCCAGCGAGUUUAGCCAUUAAGUUUCUGUGUAUUGAUUUGCAGAUUAAGUAAUGCUGGGAGGAAUAAAGAAGGAAGGGAAACUUGGAACACAAAAGCCUUGCAGAUUCCAGUGCUUGGGCUUCUGCUUCUAAGGAACUUCAGUGGCUUAGGGCUAAAUGGCCAUUUUAUUCAAAUGCUAUGAAAUCUGAAAACAUACUGGCAGGUGCUCCUCUCCUUGGCAAUUCAUUCAGUAUCCAGAUUCUACAAUGUUUAACUGAAGAAUUGGUUAUGUUUUGAUCCUAAGAGUCGAACAUUCUUUUUGUUUGGGGAUGGGUUUGGGGUUUUUUUGUUUAUUUGUUGUUUUUCUUUUUUUUAAAUUCCUAAAGCUUACCAGAUAUGAAUGGCUAAUAUUCCAUUGUUCUGCUUAUUGUAAUGGUGAAUGCUUUAAGAAAAAAAAAAGUGUAAUUUGCUAAGAAUAAUUCAUGAUCUGUUUAUGCGAUAACUCCUUUUUGUUACAAUUUUUUUAAAAAAGGCUAUUUUUGUUAAU